ACUUUCGCCUUUCCUGGUGAUGCCUUGGGCUCCUUGAGCAGAGUUUUGCCCGAGUGGGGUUCAUGAGGGAGGAUGGAGUUUCUCGGGACCACUCAGACCGCCAGUUACUGUGGUCCCAAGAAAUGCUGUGGCUUGACCUCACUGCCAGCUGUACAGGCGCCAGUGAUCCAGGAGUGCUGUCAGCCCUACCACCUGCCCGGGUACCACUACCUCAAUUCACAGAGGCCUAGCCUCUUCUACAAGAUAGCCAAUGUCCAGACCUGCCCGGACGAGAGCACCAGUACCCUGCGGCCGCCCACCGUCCUGCCCGCGCUGCGCUCGGCACUCUUCUCUCGCUAUAGCACCCGCGACUGGGACCAGUCCAACCAGCUGCAGGUGCGUGGGGCCGAGGCCUCCCGGCUGUGGGCCAGCCGGCUGACGGAUGACUCCAUGAGGCUCUUGCAGGACAAGGACCAGCUGACGCACCAGAUGCAGGAGGGCACCUCCUGGAACCUGGGCCAGAGGCUGUCAGACAUCGGCUUCUGGAAGUCGGAGCUGAGCUAUGAGCUGGACAGGCUUCUCACUGACAACCAGAACUUGGAGACAGUCAAGAGGCGGCUGGAGUGCGCGGCCGGUGAGGUGAACUGCCCAUUGCAGGUGGCCUUGGAGUGUCUGUACCAUCGAGAGAAGAGGAUGGGGAUUGAUUUGGUCCAUGACAACGUGGAGAAAAACCUUAUCCGGGAAGUGGAUUUGCUAAAAUGUUGCCAAGAACAGAUGAGAAAAUUAGCUCAAAGAAUUGAUAUCCAGAUGCGAGAUAACCGAGAUGCUCAGCACGCACUGGAGAAGGACCUCGAGGACAAAAGGUCGGCCCAGUGCAUCGAUGAGAAGUGCUUUAACCUGAGAAAUACGUCAGACUGCAUCAGCUUCUUCCACGGCAUGGAGAAAAUUGAUGGCACGAUCUCCGUACCCGAGACCUGGGCCAAGUUCAGUAACGACAACAUCAAACACUCUCAGAACAUUCGGGCCAAGUCCAUCCGGCUGCGGGAGGAGGCGGAGCACCUCUUUCAGACCUUGUCGGAUCAGAUGUGGAGGCAGUUCACAGACACCAACCUGGCCUUCAACGCCCGCAUCUCCGAGGUGACGGAUGUGAAGAAUAAGCUGCAGACACAGCUGGCAAAGACGCUGCAGGAGAUCUUCCAGGCCGAGAACACCAUCAUGCUGCUGGAAAGGUCCAUCAAGGCCAAGGAGGGCCCACUGAAGGUGGCCCAGACGAGGCUGGAGUGCCGGACCUGGCGCCCCAACAUGGAGCUGUGCAGGGACAUCCCGCAGUUCAAGCUGGUGAACGAGGUGUUCACCAUCGACGACACCCUGCAGACCCUCAAGCUGCGGCUGCGGGAGACGCAGGACAUGCUGCAGCUGCUGGUCAUGACCAAGUGCCGGCUGGAGCACGAGCUCGGCAUCAAGGCCAACACCCUCUUCAUUGACAAGGAGAAGUGCAUGGGCAUGCGUAAGACCUUCCCCUGCACCCCGCGCCUGGUGGGCCACACCUGAGCACCGCCCUGGUGCCUCGUUCCACGCUGGCGUAAAAUUGGAAAAGGCUGAGAAACAAAGUAAAACAGUAUUUUGUUUGAAA